CCAUUACCUUCCAAUCCGACAGAGGGGGAGUCUGUGGUAAGGUGGCGUAUCGUCUCUCUCCGCGUGCCCCCUCCUCGCCGUUUACAUGUGGAAAAAGAGAGAAAGAAAAAAAAGAAAAAAGCACAUAGCUACAGAAAGGUUUACUCCGGUUUUGGAUGAGGGGCACGGACACCGAGGCACGAUCCGCGGUGAUGGACCUAAGGAAUAUUUAACAUCAAACAUGGACAAUACAGGCUCCCCGCGAUGACUGUGCUCUAGCCCCUGGUGCUGUGAGGAGCUCUGCCUCGUGGACACAAUUUAGGAGCAUCAGCCCUCUUUUAUCCCUUAUUUCCCCAUAACCCCUUCCCUUCCUCACCCUCCGCCAAUCCCAGCCACCCACAGAAUGGCUUACCCGUAGAUACUCCUUCCUCUUGCAUAUGUAACACACAGGAACACAUGAGCAUUCUGAUCACAUACCAUGCAGGUUGGGACUUUAUGGGAAGACAAGUGAGCAAAGACGUACAGAGAAAAAACAUAAAGGCAAUAAACAGAAAAAUAUGCAGACCAAAGGAAUGAUAUUUUUGGAAAACUGAAGAUGUAAAGAUUUAUAUUUUGUACAUCAAACAUUUAGUACAAUCUUAUAAAAAGGCACAGACAUUUUGCAUGCACAAUCCCCAUUUAGUUUUCUUAAUAAACUUGACACACACGCCACAAUCUCAUGAUGAUGUGCGAGGUGAUGCCCACCAUUUCUGAGGAUGGGCGAAGUGGGACUGGUGGGGGCCCUUCCUCACCUGCCGGGGCAGGAGUCGGAGGAACCGGAGGUGUGAUCGGAGGUGCAGGCUUCAGUGGGAGGGAGGCCAGAAGCGGAGGAGACGAAGGAGGCAGCACGGGGAACCUGGAGUCGUUAAUGGUCAACAUGCUGACAGAGAGGGAGAGGCUGCUGGAGAACCUGAGGGAGACACAGGAUUGCCUGGGAACGGCUCAGCUCCGCCUCCGCGAGCUCGGCCACGAAAAGGAGUCACUUCAGAGGCAGUUGUCAAUCGCUCUGCCACAGGAGUUUGCUGUGUUGACUAAAGAGCUGAACGUUUGCCGGGAGCAGCUUCUGGAGAGGGAGGAGGAGAUUGCUGAGCUCAAGGCGGAGAGAAACAACACACGUUUGUUGCUGGAACACCUGGAGUGCCUGGUGUCUCGCCAUGAGCGCAGUCUUAGGAUGACGGUGGUGAAAAGACAAGCUCAGUCCCCGGCAGGGGUCUCCAGUGAGGUGGAGGUCCUUAAGGCCCUCAAGUCUCUGUUUGAGCACCACAAGGCUUUGGAUGAGAAGGUUCGAGAGAGGCUCCGUGUGGCCCUCGAGAGGGUGUCUGUGUUAGAGGACCAACUUGCAGCAUCUUCUCAAGAGGUAAUCUCUUUAAGAGACCAAAUUAAAAGACGUCAACAAGGGGUGGACGGCGGGAAAGAUCGACUACCCAAUGGUCCCUCCACUGGCCUAGAAGAUAGCGAGCUGGAGAGACAGCGAGAAGGAGAGAUAGAGCGGCAGAGAGCUGAACUCUCCCAGCUGAGGGAGAGGUUGGCCCUCAUGUGCCGGCAAGUUGGGGAAAUAGAGGAACAGCUUGCGGCCGCCAGGAGGGAGGUGACGAAGUCGGAGGAGGCCAAUCAGAAGCUCCAAAGGGAAGUGAAAGAGGCCCUUUGCCAAAGGGAGGACAUGGAGGAAAGGAUUACAACACUAGAACGCAGGUACCUCAGCGCCCAGAGGGAGGCGACUUCUCUCCAUGAUAUCAAAGACAAGCUGGAAAAUGAGCUGGCCAGCAAGGAAUCACUGCACAGACAGAGUGAAGAGAAGAACAGACAGCUACAGGAACGUCUAGAUGAAGCCAAGCAGAAGCUGCAGCAGACCCUACAGAGGGCAGAGACACUGCCUGAGAUCGAGGCCCAGCUUGCCCAAAGGGUUGCUGCUCUCAACAAGGCGGAGGAGCGGCAUGGAAACUUUGAGGAGCGACUACGGCAAAUGGAAGCUCAACUCGAGGAGAAGAACCAAGAGCUGCAGAGGGCGAGGCAGAGGGAGAAGAUGAAUGACGAACACAACAAACGCCUCUCAGAUACAGUGGACAAGCUUCUGUCUGAGUCCAAUGAGAGACUGCAGCUCCACCUCAAAGAGAGGAUGGCGGCACUAGAGGAGAAGAAUGCUCUUUCAGAGGAACUGUCCAAUAUGAAGAAAAUCCAGGAUGAUCUUAUAGCUAAUAAGGUAUUCACUUUUUCAGCAGUGUUAUCAGUUUAUUCUCGUGUUCUCUCACUUCCCUCCACCCUUUUUCGACGAUCUCUUCCAGGGAGCUCCUCGGAGCUGCGGUACCCCCAGGGUGGGGGCUCACUCCCGUCCGGCUACAGCAACUCCUCUAGUGGGGUGGUGGUCAGGCGCACACACCGAGGCCGGUGGGGGCCACCUAGAGACGAUAGUAACAAGUAUGGAGAGUGGGACAGCGGCACUAUGCUCGGUCACGGGUUUGAGGGUGGGGAGGGAGGCUGCUCUGACGACGAGGACGACAGGGAGACUCUGUUUGGAUCGGAGCUGCUCUCUCCCAGCGGACAGACAGAUGUACAGACUUUAGCCAUCAUGCUACAGGAGCAACUGGAGGCCAUCAAUAAAGAGAUAAAGCUGAUUCAGGAGGAAAAGGAGAGCACAGAGCUGAGGGCAGAAGAGAUUGAGAGCAGAGUCAGCAGCGUGGCCCUUGAUGCCCCACCUCUUCCAGCCUCCUCGCUGGGAGGACGGGACAGCGUUGGCAGGGGUUACAUGACUCCCUCAAUCACCUCCUCCACAUUGGCGUCUCCCUCACCACCCAGUUCUGGACAUUCCACCCCCCGCCUGCCACAUUCCCCUGCCAGGGAGACUGACAGACAGAAUAGCAAAGAUGGUGAAGAAUGCAGAGCACUUGCCCUGAUUGACUCCACCCCUCCUCCUGUCCCUCGAGCCCUACGAUUGGACCGAAUGACACACACUCACCCCGGGGCAGGCCUCGAUGACCUCCGUGAAUUUCGCAGUCUCUCUGCUGACGGUUCCACCACUGCUAGCCAGGAUUCCCUCCACAAAGCCAGCAAAAAGAAAAGCAUUAAGUCAUCUAUCGGUCGUCUCUUUGGCAAAAAGGAAAAGGGGAGGAUCGGUGCACCUGGGCGGGAAUCUGCCUCACUGGCCUCCACACCCUCUGAUGACCUGGGUUCAGCUGACCCCUUAGGCCUGGCUAAACUUGGGACGGGAACAGUUGAAAAAGACCGCCGCAGCAAAAAGAAGCAUGACCUGUUAGAGGAAGCCUGUCGUCAGGGUCUGCCUUUCGCCUCAUGGGAUGGCCCGACUGUUGUUACAUGGCUUGAGCUGUGGGUAGGGAUGCCAGCAUGGUAUGUGGCAGCGUGCCGUGCCAACGUGAAGAGCGGCGCCAUUAUGGCUAAUCUGUCGGACACAGAGAUCCAGAGGGAGAUCGGCAUCAGCAACCCUCUACACCGCCUCAAACUCCGCCUAGCCAUCCAGGAAAUGGUCUCCCUCACUAGUCCGUCUGCACCUGCAAGCACCCGCUCUUCAACCAGUAAUAUUUGGAUGACACAUGCCGAGAUGGAGUCUCUCACUGCUGCUACCAAGCCAGAGCAGAAGGAGUUCAGCUGGGACCAGAUCCUGGCCUAUGGAGACAUGAACCACGAGUGGGUGGGAAACGAAUGGCUGCCCAGCCUGGGUCUGCCCCAGUACCGCUCCUACUUCAUGGAGUCACUGGUGGAUGCCCGAAUGCUUGAUCACCUCACCAAGAAAGAACUGAGGGGCCAGCUGAAGAUGGUGGACAGUUUCCACAGGGUGAGUCUUCACUAUGGUAUCAUGUGCUUGAAGCGCUUGAACUAUGAUAGGAAGGAGCUGGAGAGGAGGAGGGAUGAGAGUCAACACCAUAACCUAGAUGUAAUGGUGUGGUCCAAUGAGCGAGUGAUGUGUUGGGUGCAGGCUAUCGGUCUGAAAGAAUUUGCCGACAACCUUUUAGAAAGCGGGGUGCACGGGGCCCUCCUGGCGCUAGAUGACACCUUUGACUACACUGACUUGGCCCUCCUCCUCCAGAUACCCAAUCAAAACACACAGGCGAGGCAGCUCCUAGAGAAGGAGUACAAUGGUCUCAUCUCCAUGGGAACAGAGAGGAGGCCAGAUGAGGACGGCACAAAAACAUUUACACGGUCACCAUCAUGGAGGAAGAUGUUCCGAGAGAAGGACCUCCGUGGCGUGACCUCUGACUCCUCGGAAACAUUACCUGCCAACUUCCGUGCCUCCGCCAUCUCGACCCCCUCCGUCACCCUGAGAAAAGUUCAGAGCGAAGUAGGUCCGAGAGGAGAGUCAGGCUCCGUGAGAACAUAUUCCUGCUAAAAGAUAAGCACACCAGAACCCCACCUCUAUCCUAGCCCAAGGGGAAAAAAACACAUUUUUGAAGAAAAAAACCUAUG